CAAGUCAUUCAACAACUAUGGCGGGUUUCUUUCAGCUACCAAACCUUCUCACUAGCUAACGCUAGUCUCUGCGUCUCUCGGGCGGGGCGAUGGGUGAACUCUCCGGCCCCCCGUCGACGGAGGAGCUCGACGCUCCCCUCCACCUCAUCGGCUUCGAGAUCAUUGAGGUCUCCGCUAAGCGCGUCAAUGGCCGCCUCAAGAUCACCGACUCCUGCUGCCAGCCAUUCAAGGUCUUGCACGGCGGUGUGUCGGCGCUGAUCUCGGAGGCGCUGGCCAGCAUUGGGGCACACGUUGCUUCGGGGUUCAUGAGGAUUGCCGGAAUCCAGCUUAGUAUUAAUCAUCACCGUCCUGCGCGUUCCGGAGACCUCAUCUUCGCUGAGGCCACGCCUGUUCAUCCGGGCAAGACCAUCCAGGUCUGGGAAGUACAUAUAUGGAAGUUGGAUCCUUCAACCUUGGAGAAAGGCCUUGUAUUAGCUUCAUCAAAGGUUACUUUUCUAUCUAACAUGCCUGUACCUGAUAAUGCCAGAGAAGCUGGUGAAAAACUUAAAAAGUUUGCCAAGCUAUGAUGUAUGUAUUUCAUGUACAAUUAUUCUUGUAUCCUCCCUUCAAAUAGAAUGCUGUUGUUAUUGUGCAUUAUAGCAUGCCACACCCCCUUUCUAAUAAGAAAACAGGAAAGCAUUGUCUUUCUAGUCUUUGUACUACCAUGUUGAUUUUCAUCUUGUAUUUUUAAUACAAUUGAUGUGUAUAUAUAAUA